CGGCCCCAAAUCGAGCCCUGCCACCCACACCCCCGGCUUCUGGCUCAGAAAAGCCUAAUACUGGAGUCAAGCGAUGCCAACAGCUCAAUACGAAAGAGAUGCCCGUAGUCCCUUCCCACGAUGUCUCGCCUAUCUCUACUUCAUCAAAGAAGAACCAGACUCUCCCUCAUAUUGCCACCCAGAGGAAGACUUCUGCUGUGACCAAACACUCUGAGCGAACCUCCACUCGCGCCACAUCCCGCAUCGAUGCUCGAUUGGAGGCGUUGGAGAAGCAGAAUGCUCUCUUGUCUGCUGCCUUGAUGGCAGUGCUCAAGACCAAUGGCACGUUCAAUGGACCGAUCCCAGCCCUGCCAGAAGAAGUCCCAGACUCCCCGAAAGGUCCUAUGGCUUGGGAAACCAGGAUCGCAAGAAGAUCUGCGGCUACGACGGGCAGUCAUACUGCAAGCUCCAGUAAUGGUUCGGCUUUGGAGAUGUAUAUGAAUACCAGGAGAGGAAGUCGCCAUGGUCGUUCAAAGCAGAGUUGAUCGAUGAAUGCAUCCGAGAGUUUUUUUUUUGACGCUGAGACGGCCGUGAUGAUGUGGAUGUUGAUAUACCUAAUAGUAAUGAAAUAAAUACGGUCAGCUUCGAUAGAUGUAUC